GUGUUUGCUUUUGGGAGAAAUAUCCCUGGUUUAAUUUAUUUUCUGGGUGUGCUACUGAACACCAAUUCUUUCUUUUUUUUUGGAGCAGGUAAGUGCCCUUGGCCUGUGUUGGUGCCUGUUUGUUUUAAUGGUCUGUAUGCUGUUUUUUGACUGUCAUUUGUGUUCUCUUGUAGGUGUUUGCUUUUGGGAGAAAUAUCCCUGGUUUAAUUUAUUUUCUGGGUGUGCUACUGAACACCAAGUCUUUAUUUUUUUUGGAGCAGAAAAAAUGUACGCUCCUGCAUGUGUUAUGUCAAUAUUUAUUGCUGCAGAAGCCCUACCUCCCCAACCCACGCCAGCACUCCCACCCCAACCGCCAGCCCCACAACCACAGCCGGCUCCUCAUCAACCAAGGCAACGGAGGCGUGCUAGGCCACCAAUUUUCCGAACCCGUGUCCUACUUUUUGGUAUGCCAGAUGAUGUGGUGGUGCGUAGAUACAGGCUGCCACCACAUCUAAUCCUAGACACUCUCUCCAUAAUAGAGAGUGAUCUGGAGUCUGAAAUUCGGUAUCCUACAGCAAUACCACCAUUGACACAAUUCCUUGCAGUGUUACAUUUUUUGGCUACAGCCUCAUAUCAGCAUGUUGUGGGAGACCUGGUUGGCAUGUCGCAGGGCCAGUUCAGUAAGGUCCUGCGGCGUGUCUGCCAGGCUUUCCUAAAGCGGGUGAAGCAAUUCAUUGAUAUGCCUUUGGAUGUUGGUGCCCUAGAUGUGGUGAAGCGGCAAUUUGAGGAAGGUGGUAGUCGCUUCCCACAUGUUAUUGGGGUUGUGGAUGGCACACAUGUUGCUAUUCAGCCACCAAGACAUAAUGAAGAAAUUUAUAGAAACAGGAAACUGUUUCAUUCUCUGAAUGUAAUGGUUGUUUGUGGGCCAUCCCUCCAGAUCCUUUCCCUGAAUGCAAAAUUUACUGGAAGUUCACAUGAUGCAUAUGUCAUUAGACAAUCAGGGAUAUGGCAGAGAUUAAGAUCAAGUCAACGAGCAGACAUGUGGUUAUUGGGAGACCGUGGAUAUCCUUGCACCCCCUGGCUCAUGACUCCUUACCGUAAUCCCAGGCCAGGACCACAGAUGGCAUUUAACUCCGCGCUUACUCCGCCUUCCCCCAUCCAGCCAACAUCCCCACCCAGUGAAUGGGCAGAGGAAGCCCCUGAAGACCGUUCAGGGAGUCUUGAUGUUGCCGUGGAAAAUGUUGCCGUUGGAGAUCCCACAUCGUUACAGUAUAUUUUUACAAAUAUGAGGCACCAUCUCCAGGCCUUGUUGGCACUUGUUGACGACAUGGAAAAAAUAUGUUAA